ACGACUACGAUACCUAGCUACUCAUCUUCGCAACUAUAUCCUACACUUCAUUAAUUAUUAAUCUCACCUUCCAUCUCUCUCUUUAAAUAACUCUUUAAACAACUAAAUCUCCCUCCAUCCAUUUCCCACCGCCAUGGCUCAAUCGUUAAAAUUAUGCUACCAAUUCUUGGUAAACAACUUCUUCAUACUUCUCUUGAUACCAUCAACAAUAGCUAUUUCAUUUAAAAUUCUAUUCACUAGUCCAGAAGAGAUUAUGAGUAUGUAUAAUUCCAUGCAUUUGACCCCAAUGGUCUUACUGUGUGCCUCAUUCUUCGUCGUCUACAUCCUGACCUUGUUUGUGAUGUGGCGGCCGCGGCCCGUCUACCUAGUCGACUACGCUCUCUUCAAGCCCCCACGCAGCUACCGCGUCUCCUUCGCCGGCUUCAUCGAGCACGUGCGGAUGGGCCGCCUCUUCUCCGAGCUCAAAAGCGUCCAUUUUCAGAUGAAGAUUCUAGAACGUUCCGGGCUCGGGGAGAAUACGUGCCUUCCCCCAGCCCUGCAUUACAUCCCCCCGACGCCAACCAUGGCCAUGGCGAGGGAAGAAGCCGAGCUCAUCAUAUUCUCAGCCAUGGACUCUCUGCUGCAGAAAACCGGAAUCAAGCCUAGAGACGUGGACAUUUUGAUCCUGAAUUGCAGCUUGUUCUCUCCGACGCCUUCGCUCACGGCGAUGGUGAUCAACAAGUACAAAAUGAGGAGCAACAUCAGAAGCUUCAAUCUCUCCGGGAUGGGGUGCAGCGCCGGCUUGAUCUCCAUAGAUCUAGCGAGAGAUCUCCUCCAGCGCUACCCCAACUCCAACGCCGUCGUCAUCAGCACAGAGAUCCUCACCCCAAACUGCUACAAGGGGAAGGAGAGAGCCAUGCUCCUCCCCAACUGCCUCUUCCGAAUGGGCGGCGCCGCCCUGCUUUUGUCCAACCGCCGCGCCGAUCGCUGCCGCGCCAAGUACCGUCUCGCUCACGUGGUGAGGACGCAUAAAGGAGCCGAUGACAAAUCGUACGGAUGCGUGUCGCAGGAGGAGGACUCGGAAGGCAACGUCGGAAUUAAAUUGAACAUCGAUCUAAUGGCCGUCGCCGGAGAAGCGCUGAAAUCGAAUAUCACGACGAUCGGGCCACUCGUUCUCCCGGCGUCGGAGCAGAUCCUAUUCGCGCUCUCUCUCAUCGGAAGGAAAAUCAUCAAUUCGAAAUGGAAGCCGUAUAUACCGGAUUUUAAGCAGGCGUUUGAGCAUUUCUGCAUCCACGCCGGCGGAAGGGCGGUGAUCGACGAGCUGCAGAAGAAUCUCCGCCUGACAAACGAGCAGGUGGAGGCGUCGAGGAUGACGCUGCAUAGAUUCGGAAACACUUCGUCGUCAUCGCUGUGGUACGAAUUGAGUUACAUUGAAUCGAAGGGGAGAAUGAAGAAAGGGGAUAGGGUUUGGCAGAUCGCAUUUGGGAGUGGAUUUAAGUGCAACAGCGCGGUUUGGAAAUGUAACCGGACGAUCAAGUUACCGGUGGAGGGGCCGUGGGCGGAUUGCAUUGAUAAAUAUCCUGUUCAUAUUCCUGAAGUUGUGAAGCUCUAGUAUUUUCAGUUCGUCCUAAUUAUUAUUUCACUCUUCUUUGUCAUCUUAGUUUUUUUAUUCUGUUUUAUGUUGUGGUGCUGUAAUUUACAAGCCAAUAAACACAUUAUUUAAUCUUCA